AUGAUAGGAGUCAUAUUUUCAAUAACACUUCACAUUUUUCUCUGCACAGUGUUAUCGAAAUCUUGCAGUGACUUGAAGAGGCUCGAUCCCAAGGCGAUAAGUGGAAACUUUUUGAUUGAUCCUAAUGGUGAAGGAGGAUUGACUCCUUACCAUGUCAUCUGUGACAUGAGUGACAAAGACGGAGUGGGUAUGACAGUAAUAAGUCACGACAGCGAGAACAGGACAUUGGUGGACGGAUGUGAGCAUCCGGGCUGUUACUCACGUGACAUUCACUAUAAAGGAGCGACCUUUCCUCAGUUGGCAAGCCUAACCAGAAUUUCCUUAUUUUGUGAGCAGUUCAUAAAGUACGAGUGUCAAGGUUCACUUUUUCAUGAUUGGCUGAACCAAACUCGCAACUGGUGGGUGUCACGUGAUUCUAUGGAUAUGGCUUAUUGGGGGGGGGGAGCAGCACCUGAUAGUGACAAGUGCGCAUGCGGGAUGAAAGGCACGUGUGCAAAAAGGGGUGAUCGUUGUAACUGUGAUAUGAAUGACCGUAAAUGGCGUGAGGACAGUGGUCUCCUUAAUGAAAAGACACAUCUACCAGUUAAACAGUUGCGGUUUGGUGAUGUC